CUCAAAAGUGGUGGAAUGGAAGACCGGUCGUGCUCAUGUUUUUGAUAAUGAUAGUGGUUUUUGAAUUUGGAUCCCCUACAGCCGGUUGGACAGGAUCCUUGCUCAUGGUUUUAUAUACUCCCUCACAUUUCCCAAUUGUCCUAUAAAUCACUAGACCUGCUCCACGGAAUUGGCUUCGCUUCUCCUUUCGUAAAAGAAAAGUCCCCAAACCCCAACUCUCACUCUGCCCCCUCCACUCCCACUUCCCAAGUCCCACUACCAGUCAAGUCUCACUCUUCCCUCUCAUCCCACUCGUUUUUCCCUCUUCUUUCUCAGAAUUCAAGACUUGCAGCGCUCUUUAGAUUUCCCUUUCCCUUUCCUCUUAAAUAAACCUCUCUCUCUCUCUCUCUGGUUUCGCCUUAAUUGGUCUUCGUGCUUCUCUGCAUCCACACGUUCGUCCUCUUUAGAUUACGAAGCAGAAACCGACAGCUGGUCUUUCGGUUUCACUCAAUAUCUUCUUCCCUCUGUGACGUACUUCCAUGGAUUGUUUCGAUUUUGAUAACAUAAAAGCAGAGAAAUCGAAGGCGAUGCAGAGGUAUCUUCGUCUUCGGAAGAUGGCAAACUUGUUCCGUUGCGUCGAGGUAUGCAUAGCUCUGCUCUUACUAUUCUGGUUCUCUACUCGUCUCCCUGUUGCCGUCAGGAUCUCCGGUGAGUAUUUCCGGGAUCUAUGUCUAUUCCUUGUCAGCCCUCGCUUCGUCUUCCUAGCAGGCAACGCCAUCAUACUCACUCUCUUCGCCAAAUCCGGCCAGUUCUCGGCCCUAGGCCUCAGCCCCAACACCUCUGGCACCGGAGAUCUCUACGACGAGUUCAUCAAGAAUAAUACUGAUAAUCAAUCUCGUCAGAAUCCCCAAGUAGAUGACAAUUCUGCUCCAACACCGGCGCCAGAGGAGUUGGUAUACGAGGACAAAGAGAUAGUGCACGGAGAAGAGAAAGUGAACACAAUCACCAAUGCCUAUCGGAGGAGUCAAUCGGAGAACUUGAACCCCAAGUUGAAAACCGAUUCCGGCGAGAAGCCACACAGAAAGCUCAGGCAAUCGGAAACAGAGAAAUGCUGGGUUAUAGGAAGGGACGCAGAAGAACCGUCGACGGUGGCGUUAUACUCAAACGGGGAGGAUGAUAUGAGUAAUGAAGAGUUCCAGCGCACCAUAGAAGCUUUCAUCGCGAGGCAACAAAAGUUUCAGAGGGAGGAAUUUUUGGCUAUGGUUCUACAGAACUACAGCAGCUGAAUUCAAAAACCAGAAACCAAUUUACAAAAUAAACAAAAAAAUGUUAUGAACAUAAAAAUCCUAAAAGUGUUACUGUGGAGAUUGCUGAGAAGAACAUUCAAAAUCCUCCCACCAAUCCUCUAUCCCUUUCUUUACUUUUUUUCGUUUUCUCAUGAAGCCAUGGAUUGAUGUACACUUGUACAGUUUUAAUAUCGUUAAAAAGGAAGGA